AACGACAAAAGAAAUAUUUUACGUUAUCACGUAAAUUAGACGCUAGACUGAAUAUUCAACCACUGCUAUAUAGCUACCGUAAGAAAUAUCGCUAUUUGUCACUUGAUGUUGCGAUGGAUGUGGGGAUGGGGUGUUUGUCCUGUGGCGGUGAGCAGAGGUCAUAUGCCAUUCUGCUCCACACAACAAGAGCCCCAUCAAGCAAAUCCAUCUCACAGUGGUCAGGUCACCCACAGACCUGGGAAUCAGCUCACCCUGUGCUCUUUGCUCGAGAUGGGCUUCUCAGAAACUCAAGCCAAGGAGAUGCAUGAAGGUGCUACGAAGAGCCGUGGGAAACAUGUUCCAUCUGUUCUGACAGCACUAUUGCUCCUGGGCUUAAAUCCCUCCAGUAUCCUGAAAAUAAUGCAGAAGUGUCCAGAAGUAUAUUCACUUAAAGGUGCAGACUUACAGCAGCGCAUUGAUCAUCUGAGGAAGAUGGGACUGGUAGAAGGUAGUCUGCAGAGGAUGAUCAGUCACUACCCCAAGGUCAUGCUCCUGCCAGUCAAGAGGGUAAACAUGGUGCCCCGACUGCUCAGAGAGAAAUGCCUCUUCACCAUCCAUCAGGUCACAGACAUCCUCAGAGACUCGCCUGAGGUUCUGGAGGAGGAUUUGGCUCAGCUGGAGUACAAAUUUCAGUAUGUGUAUUUCCGUAUGGGCGUGCGGCAGCCAGAGAUGGUAAAGGCAAAGCUGUUCAGGUUGCCUCUGUCCGAGCUGCGCUGUCGUCACUGUUUUCUGGAGCGGAGGGGACUCUACCAGACGCCAGACAAGAAGGGCCAAACACUCAUCCUCAACCCACCGCUCAAAGACGUCCUCUGCGUCUCUGAGGAAACCUACCUGACUCAGGUCGCCAUGGCAACUGCAGAGGAGUUCCAUGUUUUUCGCAAGCUGAUGGCAAGAGAGCAGGAGGAAAAAGGGAGGGAGGAUGAAUACAGCAGUGAUGAGGAUGAGGAGGAUAAAGAUGAUGAUGAUGAUGGACUGCACAGGAGAAAGUGUCACUGGAACACUGGUUACAAGAAGGACAGGAAAUGAGGCAUUUUGUAUUAAAUGUUCAAAAUGAAUAAAAACUACUUCAU